AUGAUGAUGAAAUAGCUGAUUUAAUACAUCUCACCUAAGUCUAGGGCUGCAAUCAGAUUUCCAAACACCUAUGACAGCAUGUAGAUCAUUCAAAAAUAACUAAAUAUCGAGCCCAUUAAUCCACAUACUGUUGACAAGAUAAUAUUUGCUAUGUAGUAAAAUGUUCACUAUAAGUCCAGUUAUCAGAAUCCUGGUGAUAAUAUCUUAAUGCUGGAAUCAUGCUUUGCAGUUCUUACAAAGAAUCAGAGAGAUUUCCUUGGACCAUACUAGUCUUUGCCCAAGCUUAUUAACAAUGUCAAAUGA